GAUGAUUUUUCUUCUGAUUAUGGGGGUCCUUGGGGCAUAUUAUCUUUAUACACCUCUCCCAGAUAAUAUUGAGGAGCCCUGGAGACUAGCGUGGGUGACCACACGUAAGAACACUAUAACAAAUUUGAGCCCCAACAUAAUGACAAUGGAGGAGGAAGUCCAGUAGUUUCAGUUUUAAACAUUAAAAUACAAAAUGUGCUGGCUGAGAAAAACAAAAGAUCUUCUUAAGAAAAGAGGAUGGCAGUGGUCCACUGGAGGUCAGAGUCUCCACCCCUUCUGUAAUUGCAGAGAGGAGCAGGCUCUGUUUGUUGAACUAUUGGGAAUCAGUCAUUUCACGAACAUUGUAGUGUUCUUCAUGAGCUUUCAAGAAGUCCCACCCACAUCUGAUGAAAAUGUCACUGUGACGGAGACAACUUUCAACAACGUUCCUGUCCGUAUAUAUGUACCAAAACGAAAGUCAGAGACACUAAGAAGGGGCUUAUUUUAUAUUCAUGGUGGUGGUUGGUGUAUGGGGAGUGCUGCUUUGUUUGAUACUGACUUUCUAUCAAGACGGACAGCUGAUAGACUUGAUGCUGUUGUCAUUUCAACCAACUACCGACUAGCACCUAAGCAUCACUUUCCAAACCAGCUUGAAGAUGUAUAUAAUGCACUAAAGUGGUUCUUAUACCAUGAUGUUCUUGACAAGUAUGGUGUAGAUCCUGAAAGAAUUGGUAUUUCUGGAAGCAGUGCCGGAGGGAAUUUAGCUGCAGCAGUGACUCAACAGCUCAAAGAUGACCCGGAUGUCAAGAUCAAACUCAAGACCCAGUCUUUACUUUAUCCUGCCCUUCAGACUCUUGAUAUGGAUUUACCAUCAUAUCAGGAAAACUCACAUUUUCCUGUGCUGCCCAGAUCACAUGCAGUCAGAUCGUGGAGUGAAUACUUUACCACGGACAGAUCGCUUGAAAACGCCAUGCUCUUCAAUCAACAUGUACCAGUGGAAUCAAGCCAUCUGUUCAAAUUUGUUAACUGGAGUUCUUUGCUCCCUGAGGAGUUUAAGAAAGGGCAUUUUUAUAACAGUCCAACUUACGGUGGUUCUGAGCUGGCUAAAAAAUAUCCAGGGUUCCUAGACGUGAGGGCAGCUCCCUUGUUGGCUGGUGACAACAAGUUGCGUAAUUUACCCCUGACCUAUGUCAUGACCUGUCAAUAUGACGUCUUAAGGGACGAUGGAAUCAUGUAUGUCACCCGACUUCGGAACGCUGGCGUUAGGGUGACCCAUGACCACAUUGCGGAUGGAUUCCAUGGAGCACUUUCCUAUCAUGGAUUUAAAGUUGGAUAUAGAAUGGAAAAUCUGUAUAUGAGUUGGCUAAGUGAAAAUUUAUAGUAAAAAUCUGAGCAGUGGUUCGUAAAAGUAUAUAAGCCUCAGAAUAGGAAACACAUUAAUGAGAAUCAGAGGGUUGUGUUUGAAUUGAUGUUUAUCAUCUGUGACCUCUCUAAGUCCUCAUAGCCAUUGUGUUUUGUUGUUUCUUUUAAACUCAGCAGAUUUUUCUCUGUCGUUUAUUGUAAGUGUUGUUUACUCACUUCUGUACCUUAACUAAUAUCUAUUUUAUAUGGUUUUUUCUUAUAGCUCUAAUUUACAGCCCUAGUUUUUGACUGCCUAAUAGUAUUACUGUUGAGAAGAAAGUUUUAAACGAAUACAUCUGGCUUGUGAAAUGCCGGAGCCUCAAUUGGCACGGAUUUAGAUCCUUCAAAUGCUGCCUUGUAGGCACUAAUAUGAAUUAUGUGCCAACUCUUUUUCAACGUGUUUGCCUCGAUGUAAUGUCAUUUGUUUAUCACUCCAAAAUUCACUCCUUAAUGCAAACCUAUUCCUGUGGUCAGAAUUAAAGACACGAUUUCAUAGGAACUUUAGGAAAAAGCAACUCUAUUCUUGUGACAAAUUAGGGGCAUAUAGGUGGGAGGCAGUGGCUCUACAUGUAGCAGUAGUGAGAGAAGCUCAGGACAUAGAAGAAAUCACAAAACUGAAUUGAAAAAUUUGAAUCUCUGAAAGUUCUUGUGUCUGUAUGGGCUUAGUAGAGUGAAAAAUAAAUGUUGUUGGACUGUCUUAGUUUGGCGGCUAUCACAGAAAACUAUAGAGUUAGUGGCUUAUAAACAAUAGAAAUUUGUUUCUUACAGUUCUGGAGGUUCAGGGUGUCAACACGGUCAAAUUCUGGUGAGAGCCCUCUUCUGCAUUGCAUUGUAUUGUAUCCUCCCAUGGCAGAGAACAAGGAGCGGGGGGUGGGGGGGAGCAAGCUCUUUCAUGACUCUUACAGGGUACUAAUCUCAUUCACGAGAGUUCCACUCUUAUGAACUCCUUUAAUCCUAAUUAUCUCCCAAAGGCACCACCUCCUAAUGACAUCACAGAAAGGGUGGGGUUUCAACAUAUGCUAUCUGGGGGGACACAAACAUUCAGUCUAUAACAUAGACCAUGGAGUGGAGAAUAAACUGUAAUGACCAUACGUUCUGUAAUAUUUGAAAGUUUUGGAGAAACACUGAGGAAGGCUGCUCAGAGCUAGUAUAGGUUCUCCUCAAGGCCAUCAGCAAUCAAGGCUUGUUUACUUUCCUCCUCAGCGAUUAUCAGGCAGAAAGAGGUGCGGAUUAGGGGAAUGGGAGAAUCACAAACUUUUAUUUCUGUUUUUAUUAAGAAAAACAAUGGCAUCUCUGGAAGUCCCAUCCAACACGUGUCUCAUUUUAUGUCUCUUUUUCCGUAACUGUCAAGUUUGCUCAAGGAGUCAUAUUUUUUAACCUGGGCACAGCAUUGUGAACAAAAUUAGCAUUUUUUCUUGUAAACCCAUAAGUGAGAAAUGGAUAAACAACUGGCAGUUAGGUCACAAAUUCUAUACGAAUAAAUGGUUUAAAGUACUUGUGGAAAAUAGGGAUGCUCGUAGUUAUGUAUUUCAUGAGAGAGAUGUAUCCAUGAAUCAUACCUAUGGUUCCCAAUGGAGCAUCAUUGGGAUACUUGUGUACUGUAAUAUCUAUGUACUCAGUGGGAGAGGGCGUUUGUCUUUUUUACUUGCAUCUCUAUGUCCCACUCUUUUACCUUCCUCAAACCACCUACCCAUAAAUCAAUGUAUGUUAAUUACCAGGUGGGGGCAUAGUCUUAAUUUGGAAUAGAAAGAUAUGUUUAAAUAUGGACAUGACUUAUGAGACAAAAUACUUUUUGAAAGCUAUAUAAAUAAUAAUGAUGCAACAAAGUGAUAUUAAGUGUACCGUGUUUUCCUAGAAUUCCAGUCUGAAGAUAUAGUGAGGGGUGGGGGGCGAAGCAAUAACUAACAAAGCAACAAGAACAGAAUUCCCUAUUCUUUACCUCAGAUUAAAUUGCUAGUACAAAAGCUCAUCCAGAUCCCUACUUUUGGUUUUUACAAAGUACAAUGGGAUGAAUAGUUAUAGGUGUUGGGGUGGCUUCUUGCAUCCUAAGCCACCAGGACUGGUUAUUACUCAUUGAUCUUUACGUCUCUCUACAUCAGUCCUCACUCCCCAUCACCCUCAUGUCCCACACCCUAAUCUCUGUAAGGCAUUCCCUGCCCCCGAUUCUGCCCUUCCCACAACCCCUUCCCAAUGCCUAUAGUCUUUCCACUGAGCUCUCUGGAACUGUUGGAUCAUCAUGAGCAGCCUCGGUAAGAUUUUGUCUGUGCCUUCCAUUAACUUUCCUCUGAGAUGUAGUACUUGAUUGAGGACCAGGCUUCUAUUUUCUAUUUUCCCUCCCACGUUAAUCAUAGGAUAGGAGGUGAAUGUGUGGUAAGUACCUUCCUUGCUCAUCGCUGCUACCAGACUAUUCUCUCUGCCUGCAGCCUCCUGCAUCAUGGUGGCAGAUUCCGUCACCAGUUACCCUUCCAUUAUGUAGUCACCUUCUGAGCUCUGCGUCCCUGGCUCUCACGUCUCAACGAUUGCACCUUUAAGCUCACUGUCACUACCUCUGCCAUUACAAUUGGGGAUUUCAAAACCUAUGUAGAUGAUACAACUAACGGCAUGGACUAUAAAUUGUUUCACUUGCGCUUCCCCUAAUAAUCUCACCCUCUAUUCUGCAUAAACCAUAUGUUCUUAUGAUCAUGGCUUAGACCUUGUUACUAACAAAAACUCCACCUUGUAAUCUUGAUAUCAGAUAGGCUACUAUCUUACUGUAACCUGCUGUCACUGUAGGUCACUCCCACUAAUACUCCUAAUUUCCAUGUACUGGAAUUAUACUAGCAUUUUACAAUUCCUCAUACUGCUCUUACUUUUUCUUUUCUUCCUUAGUCAGAUUUAGUUCUACAGUCAGUCAUUAUGACCACUUCCUUGCAUAGGCCCCUGGCUGCCAUCUCUCUUUCGUUCUUAAUCACAUUUUCUGCAUCUGUCUUUGUUCCCUAAUCUCUUCUCAGUGGGGUGCUUCUGGAUUCAGGUAUCUUUUUAACCCAUCCUCUGGUGAUGCCAUCCAGUCUCAUGGCUUUCAGUGAUCUGUAAGAUGAAACCCUAACUCACAUUUGCAGCCUGAACCUUCUUUAUUCCUUGCGGAGACCAGCUGGGCGACUCGGGGUGAGUGACGGGUGCAGCAAGCUUAAAGAAACACAGACACAGAUUUGAGAGAAAGAUGGGACCGGGAAUCAAGACCUGUAGGAUCAAGAGCCUUGCUGAUUGAUCCCAGGUUGCUUUUAUUGAGCUCUUGGCAUAGCCUAAGGGUCUAACACUCCCAGUAUAGUCCCACAAACAAGGUUAUCUUUGAAGUAAACAAACAAAGGCCUCACAUGACUGGGGGCAGUGAUCUUUGUUUGCCUCGUGGGUCUGUUGAGUUGGGUGUGGAUUUGAGCUGGGCGUGGAAAGCAAAGCAGCCCUGGGGACAGGAGACCCCUCUCAGAAGGAUUAAGGGUCUGUGCCCCACCCGUGUUGGCCCCUCUGAGACUGCCUGUCUUAGGUUGUUCCUCCUCUGCGAAAUCUUACCCGUUUCUGGCUAACCAGCCAUCCUCCGGGGCCAAACAGGGUGAUAUGAGGUGUGCAAGUGAGAAAGGGGCUGCGCCCCCAGAGAGGGUCAAUUUUCUGUUUCCACGAUAGCCUAUGCCCCAUGGUCUCCACGCCCAGCACCCUUAGUUCUUCCCCCGCUCAAGCAGGACAUCCCGCAUCCAGUUGCUCAGCCCACAUACUUUAAUUACUUUUAGUAACAUUUUCAAGGUUUCAGAAAGACUUCUGAAUGUUUUCCCACAAUUCCUGAUUAGUAUAUAUAUACAUCCAUAUACAUACUUUGCAAUCCCAGUUGGAUAUAAAUAAAAACCUCACACUUAAAUUUCUGAUUUUCAUUCAAAUAACUGCUGAUUUUUAUCUUUCUCAUUUCUGCAAGUAGUGACUUUGUAUUUCCACUUAUUCAGAUUGAAAACAAACAAACGCAAAGCAAAAUCAAAACAAAUGAAUAAGCAAAAUGUUGCUUUUUUUUUCUUUUUUUUUCUGUCACAGGUACCCUGAUUAAAUCCUCUUAGCCAAAAUAUAUCCUGUAUCCAACCAUUUUUUAUUCUUACUUCCAUUGCUAACACCCUGAUCUAAUUCACUAUCAAUUUUUGCUGGCAAUAGUCCAAUGGAAUUCUAACUUCUCUCUCCUCUUUCAUUUUGAAUCCUUAGAAUCAUUUUGCAACUUGUCGAACAGAACGAUCUUUUUAAAAUGAAAGAUCAUUUAGAUUUUCUACUAAUAGAAAUCUGUUAUGAUGUAUGAAACUAAUUGUAUCAAAUGUCUUUCACCUGUUAAUCACUGUGAUGGGUGUUUAAAAUGCAAAAAUCAGUAAAAUAGUC